GGUAGAGCCAGGAUGCAGAUCCAUGAGGUCUGACUCCAGAGCUGGCCCUCUCACCCCUCUACAGUAAGGAACAAAGGAGAUGGCAGGUUCCCUUUUGGCAUGUUAAGUCGAGAUGCUUGUAGGAGUGUUAGGUGAAGAUAGACAGCAGGCAUAGCAUCAAUCUUCUUUGAUGCUUAAACAUCCCUCCCGGCGGGGAGAUGGCCUAGGUUAUGGGCCUUAAGGCUCAGAGGCUAAGUGGCAUGCUUUUGGACCAAGGGUGGUCACAUGAAGCUCAAAGAGUGAUUAGAGCCACAUCUUAUGAUUUCUUAUCUUGUGUUCUCCCAUGGGCCAGGUUAUUGGAUUUAUCUUUCUGAACUUCCAAUCUGAUUUUAGUCUCAUGUUUGAACUAGGAAAUACAGAGCAAAGCUACAUGCAGGACUUGAUUUUAGGAGCAACAGCAACUAUUGCUGGGAACAUGUCUGUUUGCAAGGAAAGUAUCAUGUUGUCUUUCUACUGAAAGUAGUCAGUGUUACUCAAGGGCUUACCUGAGCCAAGACUUGGGGAAGAAAAAUAGAAGGUAUGGUCGCUGUACUUCAGAAGUUUGUUCUCCUAUUUGGGAAGGUAAGAUGAACAAUUAGAAGAGCAAACAAAAUAAGAUAGCUCAUAACUAAGUACUACAUUGUGUGGAUUAGAUUUAAGUAUAGUGGGCAUUGGGUUUUUGAAUGUGCCAGUAAUGUCAGAACUAUAGAAUAACCCUUCUUUUUGGUCACCUAUAGACAUCUCUUUAUUUGCUACAAGGCCACUAUCUUUUGUAGAAUUGUCAUCAAAUACUAUCUGAUUAUAUUUUAUUUUCAUUUUCAAUUGUUAGACAUUAAAUUUGUGGUUUGGAAUUGCAUUUGUGGCUUUUUAUGUCUUAUGGCUCAGAAAACAAUAAUGCUUCUAUAACUAGCAAAUGUCAGAGCUGUGAGUUGAACCAGGUGGUCUGCCUAUGGAACCCAGGCUGUUAACCAGUCUGCUCUGUUGCUUCUUGUGGCCCAUCCAGAGUCUUUUACACUGAUUAUGGGCAGGUACACUCUCUGCCAGAUGGUGAGAGAUCCUUUGGCCCCAAAUGAGUGGUGUGAGGUUGAUUCAGCAGUGAGCUCCCCGUCUGCGGAAGCCAUCGUCCAGCCACAGUCUGAACACCUCGUUCAGUCACCCACAUAUUCUUCUCUCUUGAACACCUGGUGUCAAGCAGAGGGCUCACUGCAGAGAGCAAAGGCAAAUGAAACAUCCCUGUCCUGGGAGCCUGCUCUAGUGGGGAAGAGGAAGGUGUGAAUAUGCAGUCUACAUGGUUAACUAGAACUAGGAAAACUGGACAAAACUGGGCAAAAUUAGGAUAUGAAAAGUUAGGUAAAUCUGAAGGUAGUUAUGUAAAUCAAGAUGAAACCUUAAGACAGUCAGGUUUGUUUUAGGUGAGAUUCUAAGAAUGAAGACAGUGGAAAGAGAAAAUGUCCCCUUUUAUGACCAUAUUUCAGUUUAAGUAAUAGUACAGUUGACCCUUGAAUUACAUGGGUUUGAAGUGUGCAGGUCCAUUUACACAGAUUUUUUUCAACCAAAUGCAGAUAGAAAAUCAGUAUUUGCAGGAUGCAGAAUUCUCAUAUGCCAGGCUGGGGCUGACUGCGUGACUUCAGUAGGCAUGGAUUUUGGUAUACAUGGGGGUCCUGGAACCAAUUUUCUGUGUAUACUGAGGCAUGACUAUAAUUCACUGUAUGUUUUACUUACCUGAGUUAGGUUCAAGCUCUUUCUUGGGUCUGCUCCUGUUUACCUCUAUCCUUUGAGGAUUUAGAUUGCUUCCAUCAUCUGUGUAGAUAAAAUGGAAGGCUGUCCACAUAGUAUUUUCUCAGGUCUACCCUCUCCUGUCUUAAAGUUUCCUCCUCAGUAGAAUUAAGCUCUAAAAUUUUACCAUCUUGUACUUGCUCUGUGUGUUUGUGUACUUGUAAGCACAUUUUACAGUUCUAAACUAGAAAUGAACUUUGCCUGGGAGUUUUAUCAUUGACAUUCCUUGAAGAAAGAGAGAAAUUACAUUGUAUGUUUUCCAGACCUACCAGCAGCUCAAUGGCCUUCCCAAAGAAGAAACUUCAGGGUCUUGUGGCUGCAACCAUCACGCCAAUGACUGAGAAUGGAGAAAUCAACUUUUCAGUAAUUGGUCAGUAUGUGGAUUAUCUUGUAAAAGAACAGGGAGUGAAGAACAUUUUUGUGAAUGGUACAACGGGAGAAGGCCUGUCCCUGAGCAUCUCAGAGCGUCGCCAGGUCGCAGAGGAGUGGGUGACAAAAGGGAAGGACAAGCUGGAUCAGGUGGUAAUUCACGUAGGAGCACUGAGCUUGAAGGAGUCACAGGAACUGGCCCAACAUGCAGCAGAAAUAGGAGCUGAUGGCAUCGCUGUCAUUGCACCGUUCUUCCUCAAGCCAUGGACCAAAGAUAUCCUGAUUAAUUUCCUAAAGGAAGUGGCUGCUGCCGCCCCUGCCCUGCCAUUUUAUUACUAUCACAUUCCUGCCUUGACAGGGGUAAAGAUUCGUGCUGAGGAGUUGUUGGAUGGGAUUCAGGAUAAGAUCCCCACCUUCCAAGGGCUGAAAUUCAGUGAUACAGAUCUCUUAGACUUCGGGCAAUGUGUUGAUCAGAAUCGCCAGCAACAAUUUGCUUUCCUUUUUGGGGUGGAUGAGCAACUGCUGAGUGCUCUGGUGAUGGGAGCAACUGGAGCAGUGGGCAGACCAGCUGAAACUAAGAACAGGAACAAGUUUUGUAUCCAGAGAUUUAUCAACUUUGUGGUCAAACUAGGUUUUGGAGUGUCACAGACCAAAGCCAUCAUGACUCUGGUCUCUGGGAUUCCAAUGGGCCCACCCCGGCUUCCACUGCAGAAAGCCUCCAGGGAGUUUACUGAUAGUGCUGAAGCUAAACUGAAGAGCCUGGAUUUCCUUUCUUUCACUGAUUUAAAGGAUGGAAGCUUGGAAGCUAGUAGCUAGUGCCUCUCUAUCAAAUCAGGUUUUGUACCUUGAGACAUAAUCUACCUUAAAUAGUGCAUUCUUUUCUCAGGGAAUUUUAGAUGAACUUGAAUAAACUCUCCUAGCAAAUGAACUCUCACAUCAAUCGACAAGCAUUGAGGUACCUAUUGUGAGCCUUAAAAAGUCUUACUUUGUGAAGGGGCAAAAACUCUAGGAGUCACAACUCUAAGUCAUUCAUUUCACAGAUUUUUUUGUGGAGAAAUUUCUGUUUAUAUGGAUGAAGUGGAAUCAAGAGGAAAAUUGUAAUUGAUUAAUUCCAUCUGUCUUUAGGAACUCUCAUCUCAAUUUCUGGUUCCUAAUUCUAUUUUAAAGUUGUCUAAUUUUAAACCACUAUAAUAUAUCUUCAUUUUAAUAAAUAUUCAUUUGGAAUUUAGGAAAACUCUGUGCUACUGCAUUUAGACAGGCACUUUAAUACCAAACUAUAACACGUCUCAAUUAUAUACGACUCGAAAUACACCAGCUCAUCUGGUUGCUCUGUCUAACUCUAGAAUGGAUGCUUCUGAAUUCAUUUCGAUGUCACCACUUUCCUCUCUUCAGAAACGUUGGGUCAGGUGAGGACUUGUUUCAGUUCCUAUAACUCAGUAAAGGGCAGCUUUCUCAUAACAAAGGAAAAGGUCUUCCCCAAAGAUGAAUUUAAGUCUCUACUUUUUGCUAUACAGAAAACUCAAAGUUUCAAAGAACCAAAGGGCUCUUCCUCUAGGCACCACAAUCUUCCCCUUUCUCCACUGAGAAGACUGUCUCUCCCACAGGACCCUGAAUUAUUGAAAUCAAAGGCCGACUUCCUUUCUGCAGUGAGCCCGGAGGUUACUGUUACUAUCCUGUCACACUUGCAACCAGUUACUUUUCUUUAGUGAUAGAAGAUUUGGGGAGGACCCAAAGGACUCACAGCUUUCUCUCCAUACCUCCUUUUACUCUUUUCUUUCUGUGUAACAUAUCAACAACUGUUUAAUCUCCCUUCUAACAAACCUUGAUGUAAGCUUUCUGAUAUCAAAGUAUAUUGACAGUUAACCCUUACUGAUUUUAAACUUGACUAUCCAGUCUGUUAAUUACCUAAGAUUUUGUUUUCAUUUCAUCUCUAAUUGUUUUGAUCAUUGGCAGAGAAAGAGUAUUUGAAAUUCAUAUCAGUUUUGCUCCUUAUUUUAAUCUCUUUGAAUUAAAAAUAACACUUUUUCAAAAUGCAAAUUUGAAAUUAUAAGUAGACUUCAAUUAUCUUUGCUAAUCCUCUCUUUAAUUAGCUAGUUAAAAGUUGUUAUAUUUAUAUAUCCUCAACCCUCUUUUUGCCUUUUUAAAGCUGUUAAUUUCCUGAAAGAAGAAAAUGAGUUUUUGUUAGUUUUUGGUUCUGAGGAUGUGAUAUCCUUACUUAAUGAUACUAAAGCCAAAUUUAAAUUUUAAAAUUAAUUCUUGGGUAUCCAGUAAACAAAGAACUAUUUUUCUAUUUUUGCUUUUGUGAAGUCAGUGCUUAGAGGAUUUUUAAGAUGGUUAAUGAGCUUUUGUGAACAUAAAGAGAGAUAUGAUUUUAAAAUGGCCAGGUCUGAGUUUAGCUCUGUUAACAUCCAGUAGCUUAGAAAUGAAUAUCAUAUAGCAGUAGGCUAUUAAUAGUGCACUUAACAAGUAAAAUUUUGGAAUACUAUGAACUUAUUGUUUUGUUUAUAAUAUAUUCCUAAAUUGUUUUUAACAUUAAAACUACAGUAAUGGCAUGUGAAA